CAGUAAUGACGUCGGCAUCAGCUUCGCGCACACACACGUGUGGUCAAAGUUGAAAGAUGGCUGGUUCGGUUUCCCAGCAGCUUGAGGAAUUGUUAAACCCUUUACCAAAAUUCGCAGACCCCGAGAACGACCAGGACGAUGAGACAAAAGCCCAAGUUGAUGACAGGUUUGACGAAGACGAUCACGAAGAUCACGAAGAUGGGUUUGGCCUUAGCAAUCUGCGAAAGCACAACACAUCUCUGCUGGCUGAGACCGAUCGCCGAUACGUGGGACAGGCAGUAUCUCGUAAACAACUGCUUAAGGAGAUGGGUCAAUCUGAUGAAGAAGGAGAUGAUAUGUCCGAAACGAAAGGUGAGGACGAUGAUGAUGAUGACCACGACGAAGAGAUCGAAUCCGACGAGUGUGAUGAUAUUGCAUCUGGGGCUGAAAGAGAGACGCAAGAAGAGCAGCUGAUAGGGAAAUCAAAUGGUACAGUCAAAACCCUUGUGUCUAACAAGAAACGUCCAGACUUCGUUUGUGCUGAGGGUGUUGACUUGCACAAGUUAACAGAAGGGAUGGACGAUCUGGGAGCGAGUGACGAUGGGAGUGAUGAUGAUGAUGGUGAUGAUGAUGAUGGAGAGGAAGAUGAUGAUGAUGACUCUGAAGAGGGGACUGAGGAUGAAGACCAGGGCACAGUCAAGACCUUCUCUAAGGAGAAGGUGGACGAGGAAGUUGAGAAGGGCAAAGCAGUGAAGAAUCAGCUCAUCCUGUGGGACCAACUGCUGGAAGGGCGAAUCAAGAUCCAGAAGGCUCUCGCCACGGCCAAUCAGCUUCCACAACCGCUGACGUUCCCAGAGUUUAAAAAGCAGGGCGGUGCAGAGUUUGCUGGGGCGCUGAAGAACAGCCACAAAGCCCUGAAGGCUCUCCAGCGGUCUUUACUGGAGCUGCAGGACCAGCUGCUGCACCAGAACCCCGACACCAGGCCCAUCUCCAUGGGGAAGAGCUAUGGAGCUGCGGCCAAUAGCGACGAUGAGCUCAGCGAGGUGAUGGAGGUGGAACCGGCGGCUGGAUCCGGCGCCCUGAAGCGUAAGCUGGAUGUGGGACAGUACCCGGCCUUCAUGGCCAAACGCUUCGCUGACUUCCAGCCCUACUGCAACGGCACGCUGCAGAAGUGGCACGACAAGACCAGGCUGACCAUGGGCAAGAGCAGCAAGGGCUUUGGCGCCUUCGAGCGCAACAUCGUCACCCAGGUGGAGCAGGUGCUCCUGGACAAGGAGAGGCUGCUGAGGAGAACCCAGACCCGCCGCACCGAGUACAGGGUCCUUGGGAAGAAGGACACGUCGUCCGCCGCGCCCCCCGAAGAGCCGGCCGCACCCCUUGAGGAUAGAGAAGAAGAGGAGCCCGCGGACGAGCAGAUGAUGAAGGCCAACCGGCACCUCAAGGACCUGGACGAGGACAUCUUUGACGACGACGACUUCUACCACCAGCUCCUCAGGGAGCUGAUCGAGCGCAAGACGAGCGCCGCCGACCCCAACGACCAGGUGGCCAUGGGCCGGCAGUGGCUGGCCAUCCAGAAGCUGCGCAGCAAGAUCAAGAAGCGCGUGGACACCAAGGCCAGCAAGGGGCGAAAGGUGCGCUUCACCAUCCACAGCAAGAUGGUGAACUUCAUGGCCCCGGUCGACCACAGCCCCAUGAACGACGAGGCCAGGACCGAGCUGUUCCGCUGUCUGUUUGGCAAAAACUCGCCGCUGGAGGGGUCGCAGGUGGGCGUCAUGUAAAGGAGGUCAAUGUCGAUGAGGCCUUCGGACCCUGGCAACCGCCCGAGACGUCUACCUGGACUAUUAUGGUUCAUAUUCUUGGUACCGAAGAUUAAUGUUUUGUAUGAAUUAUGAGGGAAUGGGAUUGGAUAAAGUCCAUUGCUUUGCAGAUGAGCCGUGUCUUCGGUUAGCAACGUUUCUUUAAUGUGUAUAAGCACAAUAUCUGUUUAACUUUAUAAUAGGCUUUUAAAACCCCAAUAUCUCUGUGUUCUUCUACCAUAAAGUCUCUAUUAUGACAAUGACUUUCUGUUACCAAGUGUAUCACUGCAAAAUAUUCAAUUAUAUACACAAUUGUUAGGAAAUAAAUGUAGUGAUAUUUAGAAAUCUUAAAUUCUGUAGUUUACAAUAUGUAGUUACCCCAAAUAUAACUGUAUAAAAUAGGGAAAGGGGGUCAAAACAAACAUAUACAGAUUCUACUUUGGGAUUCACACUCAAAUCAUGUACUACUGAGACAAGAGGCCAUUCACAAGACCGAAAAAUAGAUUUAUUACCUGAGCAAUUAACAUAAAACUGUACAGAAAGCUAAACAUCUCAAAACAGGCAUCCUUUAUCUGGCUUAUGCGGCAUAACAUGGUUCAAGUUAAACAGUUAGAAAAACAUUGGCUCAUUAAUUGAAACAUUACUUCAUGUAUUUGCAGCCUGAGGAUUGUAUCCCAUUUGUAUCCCAUACUGUUAAACAUAACACAAGGAGGUAACUUUAUUAGACCACAGAGGGAAUGGCCCUUUGUCACACCAGAUGCACAUUUUGGAAUAUCACCAUAAAUAAUGUUAAUCAAAGUAUUUAAAUUCAUGACAAAAUUGGUGAUUCAUGUUUUUUCUUUGGUGUUUUAUCAUGAUACUAAACAUGAUGCAUUUGAAGUGUGAAUUCUUUGUAGGAUGUUAAAUAACAAAUAGACACAACUGAAUUUCAAAACAUUUAAGAGCUGUCCUGUGCUUAGUAAGCUUGCAUUGAUAAUUAUUUGCAGAUCUUCAUCUCAUAAAGCCCUGAAAUUCAGACAGCACUAAACUACAUUGCGUUUUCCUUAGAAAUUUUAGGAUCACUGGCCAACACUUGUUACGCUUUGAGAGCAAGACUAUUACUAUAAAGUGGUUGAGCCCAGUCUUAGACCAAGACUAUUUUAUGUCUCGGCUCAACCAUUCAAGGCAGUCACAUAAGGUAGUUCAGAAAAUAAUAUCAAAAUAAGACGCGUGUUCCCUUUUUCAUCGUCCUUAGUCAGGCAAGAAAGGGACCAUAGCAAAAGAGGUUCUUUAUUUUGCAUCAAGCCCUUCCUGUCGAAGAAUGCAUUGUGGUCAAUGGGGGCGACUGCUGGGCUCAGUGUUUUGCAGGUUCUGAGUCAAUUCAUAGUCCUCCAGGCAGCCAUUGUUCUUCUUGUUUAAACCCCCAUUGAGGAUGUCCUGGAUGUGUUGAACUAUUAGGUUUAUGGCAACUGUAUCGUGAGAAGAAGAGUUUCAUCAGAAUUAAUCGAUUUGGAUUUAAGACAACUUAUUCCUUUAUAACAUGUAUGAUUAUUUUAGGGGGUUUAUAUUCAAUCAUAUCGUUAUUUCCAUUCCAGUGAGUCGAAGAAAUUAUGCUAACCGAGGUUGUCUGCGCCUCUGGGUAUGAUGACGUCAGCGUAUUUCUUGGUCUAAACAGAGGACACGAAAGUUAAUUAUUAUUAAUUCAGUACAUUCAUAGACAGGUGGAUCUAGGCUUGACAGGCCGGGCUAUUCACCGGUAGGCAGAACUCCUCAAAAGCAGGUUUGACGAACAUGAUGUACUGGCUGAGUACGCUCUCCAAGUCCCGUCCUCGUUCACAGAUAUCCCGAAGCACUAGGUGACCACAAAAAAAGUUGGAACAAUACCUGUUAAGAGUAGUUAAAUUCAACUAUUGCAACUUUCCUACAACACAUUUUUAUUAUUUGAAACUGAGGCUGCACAAUAUUUGAAACCAAUAUGGCAAGUGUAGACCUACAGAACAAGGUAUACGAUAGCCAUACUUCAGGUAUAUGAUUUAGUGUAUGUUCAAUCCAAUGAGUGCAUACAUUACUCACAUAGGUCAAGCCAACAAUACUAGUACCAGAGGUAGGAGUUUGAAUCCUACUCAAUGCCAUGUUCUACCAGUUGAGACAGGACCUACUGUGCAGACUCAUAAAAGUAGACUAAAACUAUAUUAAUUUAAUGAUUGUUGUCCCUACAAUGUGAGGUGGUUUGUUGCUCACCUCGGCGUGACAGUCUGGUAUCGGCGUCUGUGUCGACGAACAGCUUCAUUUGGAACAUGUCCCGGAUCUCCUGAGCAUAGAACAUUAGAAUGCCCUCACAAAGCACCACAUCUGCUGGGUACACCGUCACAGUCUCCUCUUUCCUGCACUCAACACGCAUAAGUAAUUUGUUACUUUUUCACAGAAUAAAAGA